UUCUCUUCUGGGGCUGAAGGGAAGGGCAGGCCACUGCGCCAGCGCGGAGAAAGCCGAGCGCGACACCAACCCGCUGCGCGCGGAGGAGCUGGGCCCCGGAGGCCCGAAGGGGCUCCCGGCAUGUGGGACCCCCAGGACUUUGAGCGCCACUGGCAGGCCGAGUUCCCUGGGGAGGAGGCGCCUGUCAUGCGGCUGGACUCGGUGCCGGACAUGGAGCGCGAGCUGGAGCGCAGCAAACUCAACCUGAAGUGGCUGCAACAGGUGCUGGCUGAGGAAAAGUUCAAAGUCGGCUACCUGCAGGCGGCCCUGGAGAAGCGGGACCUCGGCUGCGGGCGCCUGGAGGGCGGAGACGGGGACAGCAGGGGGGCCUCGGCUGAGGAGCCGGCCGGGCCGGAGGGGGAGCCGGCGCCGCUCGAGGAGGAGGAGGGCGCAGCGGGCGGCGGCGGAGACCCCCCGGGCCCGUCGCUCCCCUCCACGGAGGUGGCCGCGAAGGCCGAGAGUCCCCCCUACCUGUGCCAGGACCUUCCCACCUGGCCCAGGGCGGCGGGGGCUGCGGGCGCUGUUCUCAGCUUGACCGCCGCCAUCCACCAGCAGCUACUGCAGCCUCGCCUCCUCUUAAGGCCGCGGGAGGACUGCGCGCCCCCCGGCCACGAUGGCACAGUUCCCAGCGCCCCGGGAGAGGAGCGGUCCGCCCGGACCCGCGCGGGGCGGGGCUCGGAGGAUGACGAGCCGGACGCCUCGGGCGCGGACGAUGGGGGCGACAGCAGUGACCACGACUUCGAGAUGGUGGAUUUGAACGAGAAACUCACCCCCAGCCAGUUGCUCGUGACCCCUUGCCGGCCCGGGACCUGCGAUGAGGCGGAAAAGCCAGCGCGGGUGUACAGUUCCCAUCGCUGGAUGCACCUGAUCCUCGGGAGCCGGCGGCAGCCUCGCGGGAGCCGCGACUUGGAGCAGUUAGAGGCAGAGGUCAAGGACGGGCGGGGCUCGCCCCCGGCGGCAGAGGAGCUCCUUCAGCGUAGGGCUCGCGAGCCCCUCCCCCCGUGGCGGCGCAAGAGGUUCCUGGGGCUGCCCGAGCGGGACUCGCCCAGUCACAGCUCGCCCGACAGGGGCAGUGACUGCAGCCACAACAGCUCCGACCACGAGGAUGGCUCCUUUGCAGACUUCAGCUACGGGGCAGACGACUACGACGGAGAGGGGAAUGAAGAGCAGAAGGGGCCCCCGGAGGGCUCGGAGACCAUGCCGUACAUCGAUGAGUCGCCCACCAUGUCGCCCCAGCUCAGUGCCCGGAACCAGGGUGGCGGGGACAGCAUCUCCCCCACCCCACCUGAGGGGCUGGCACCUGGGGUGGAAGCAGGGAAAGGCCUGGAGAUGAGGAAGCUGGUUCUCUCAGGGUUCCUGGCCAGCGAGGAGAUCUAUAUUAACCAGCUGGAAGCUCUGUUGCUGCCCAUGAAACCCCUGAAGGCCACUGCCACCACCUCCCAGCCCGUGCUCACCAUCCAACAGAUCGAGACCAUCUUCUACAAGAUCCAGGACAUUUACGAGAUCCACAAGGAGUUCUAUGACAACCUCUGCCCCAAGGUGCAGCAGUGGGACAGCCAGGUCACCAUGGGCCACCUCUUCCAGAAGCUGGCCAGCCAGCUUGGCGUGUACAAAGCGUUUGUGGAUAACUAUAAAGUCGCUCUGGAGACAGCUGAGAAGUGCAGCCAGUCCAACAACCAAUUCCAGAAGAUCUCCGAGGAACUGAAAGUGAAAGGUCCCAAGGACUCCAAGGACAGCCACACGUCAGUCACUAUGGAAGCUCUGCUCUACAAGCCCAUUGACCGAGUAACCAGGAGCACCCUUGUCCUACACGACCUGCUGAAGCACACACCUGUGGACCACCCAGACUACCCGCUGCUACAGGAUGCCCUCCGCAUCUCCCAGAACUUCCUGUCCAGCAUCAAUGAGGACAUUGACCCCCGCCGGACUGCAGUCACAACCCCCAAGGGGGAGACGCGGCAGCUGGUGAAGGACGGCUUCCUGGUGGAAGUGUCGGAGGGCUCCCGGAAGCUGCGGCAUGUCUUCCUCUUCACAGACGUCCUACUGUGCGCCAAGCUAAAGAAGACAUCGGCGGGGAAGCACCAGCAAUAUGACUGCAAAUGGUACAUCCCCCUGGCUGACCUAGUGUUUCCAUCCCCUGAGGAGUCUGAGGCCAGUCCCCAGGUGCACCCCUUCCCAGACCACGAGCUGGAGGACAUGAAAAUGAAGAUCUCUGCCCUUAAGAGUGAAAUCCAGAAGGAGAAAGCCAACAAAGGACAGAGCCGGGCCAUCGAGCGCCUGAAAAAGAAGAUGUUUGAGAAUGAGUUCUUGCUGCUGCUCAAUUCCCCCACAAUCCCAUUUCGGAUCCACAAUCGGAAUGGAAAGAGCUACCUGUUUCUACUGUCCUCAGACUAUGAGAGGUCAGAGUGGAGAGAAGCAAUUCAGAAACUACAGAAGAAAGAUCUCCAGGCCUUUGUCCUGAGCUCAGUGGAGCUCCAGGUGCUCACGGGAUCCUGUUUCAAACUUAGGACUGUACACAACAUUCCUGUCACCAGCAAUAAAGACGACGACGAGUCUCCAGGACUCUAUGGCUUCCUCCAUGUCAUCGUCCACUCUGCCAAGGGGUUUAAACAGUCAGCCAACCUGUACUGUACCCUGGAGGUGGAUUCCUUUGGCUACUUUGUCAGCAAAGCCAAAACCAGGGUGUUCCGGGACACAACAGAGCCCAAGUGGGACGAGGAGUUCGAGAUUGAGCUGGAGGGGUCUCAGUCCCUGAGGAUCCUGUGCUACGAGAAGUGCUAUGACAAGACUAAGGUCAACAAGGACAACAACGAGAUCGUGGACAAGAUCAUGGGCAAAGGGCAGAUCCAGCUGGAUCCACAAACUGUAGAAACGAAGCACUGGCACACAGAUGUGAUCGAGAUGAAUGGGAUCAAAGUGGAAUUCUCCAUGAAAUUCACCAGCCGAGACAUGAGCCUGAAGAGGACCCCGUCCAAAAAGCAGACCGGCGUCUUCGGUGUGAAGAUCAGCGUGGUGACCAAGCGGGAGCGCUCCAAGGUGCCCUACAUCGUCCGGCAGUGCGUGGAGGAGGUGGAGAAGAGGGGCAUCGAGGAGGUUGGCAUCUACCGGAUAUCAGGGGUGGCCACAGACAUCCAGGCGCUGAAGGCCGUCUUUGAUGCCAACAACAAGGACAUCCUGCUGAUGCUGAGUGACAUGGACAUCAACGCCAUCGCUGGCACCCUCAAGCUAUACUUCCGGGAGCUGCCCGAGCCCCUCCUCACAGACCGACUUUACCCAGCCUUCAUGGAGGGCAUCGCCCUGUCAGACCCUGCUGCCAAGGAAAACUGCAUGAUGCACCUGCUCCGCUCCCUGCCAGACCCCAACCUCAUCACCUUCCUCUUCCUGCUGGAACACUUGAAAAGGGUUGCUGAGAAGGAGCCCGUCAACAAGAUGUCCCUUCACAACCUGGCUACUGUGUUUGGCCCCACGUUACUGAGACCCUCAGAAGUGGAGAGCAAAGCACACCUCACGUCGGCUGCCGACAUCUGGUCCCACGAUGUCAUGGCACAGGUCCAGGUCCUUCUCUACUACCUGCAGCACCCCCCCAUCUCCUUCGCAGAACUGAAGCGGAACACACUGUACUUCUCCACCGAUGUGUAGCCCGAGGUGGGAGCGUCUGGGGGGGGGUGGCCCGAGCCAGCCUCUCCAGCUGGGGACCCAACCCAGACUUGAAGGACUACAAUAGAGAACUCCCAAACCCAGCGCUCCAGACUCCAAGGGACACAGAUUUCCAAGAACUGGAAGACGUGCAUCUUUUGUGCCACCUUGUACAAAGCCAGCUGACCCGGCCCCAGCCUUGCUGCGCACCCCGGGCUCUGCCCUCUGUUCCUCUAGUUGUGUCUAAUGCUCCGUGCUGUUUGGGAAUUGUUUUACGUCUACUUGUCAUGCAGGAAAGGUAGUGACCGACCCGGUGUGGGCACACAGACAGCCUGCUUUGUUCUUUCAUUUCCUCCAACACUUUCUUUCCUCCUGAGUCCGGUCCAAGGGCUUUUAUUUUGCGCGCUGUGACUGCUGCCAGCUUCUCCUCUCUUGGCCCUGCCCCCAGAUCGCAGUCUCCUGGCAGCCUCCCCUCGGUCUUCCUCCGCCCUCUCCUCCCUCCCAGCCUGCCUGCAUGCAUGUGCAGCCUUGGUUUUUGAUCCAGCGCCUCGAAAGCUCUGAGGAGGCCCUGGGCGGCGGUGGCAGUGGUGGCCCGUGCCGCGCCGCCGCCUGCCGCCCCCGGCCUCUCCUUGCCCUCUGCCUGCGGAAGCGCACCUGCUUGCCUUGCCGCCUGUGCAAAUGUUGGACAAGGAGACAGACUCACACUAAUCCUCAGCUUAGCACAGGCUGGAGGGCGGAUUUCUGGGAUUUUUUCCACCUGAGACUCUCCAUUUCUGGGUUUAUCUGUUCUGUCUCCAGUACCAGUGAGGCAUCUUUGACUGUUUCUUCUGCUUUUCAGUUCCUUUUCCCUUGGUGUUCUGUUUCCUUUGAGUAUACAAGACUCACAAGUGACCUGCUACCAAGGUAGCCAGAGGGUCAGGAAAGAAUCGGGGGAGGUGGGAGGGUCAGGCCGCCGAGGAAAAGGGACAGGUGGGACGUUGAGAGGAGCGCCAGGGAGCGCUGGGUGUCCUGGGCUGGGGGGAAAGAGGCUCUCGGCAGCAAGCAGUUGUGGUGGCUUUUCUCGUGGAGCUGGGCUUCUGGGAGGGCAGCUACUACGGCUGAAGCAGGUGUCCAGAAACAGGCAGGUUCUGUCCAGGAGGGCUAGUCCUUCCCGGUGCCUCCCGUACCUCGUGGCACCUUUGCCUUAGGGUUUACACUUUCUCCACAGCCAAGCACUGCCAGGGGCAGCCCCCACGGCCACGUGUGCUCCAGGCCCUGGGAAAGGCAGGCACGGUCCAGCUAGCCAGCCGUCCUGGUGCUGCCUUCCACCCUCGGCUUCUAGAUGCAGCCUUGUGGGUGAACUCGGGGAAACUCCAGGAGCUGGGGAAGAAUGAGGAGUCACAGGUACCUGCCUCUCUCGGGACUGGGUUUUGCAGGGGACCCUCGUUGUGGACGCUCUGCUCCAGAGUAGGGGAUCAGCAGGUUCCGAUCCCAACACCGAGGCCCGCUGCUCAGCACUGGAAAGGAGAAGUACCCCCAAAGUGCAAUUUCUCCCCACCUGAGCAGGGGCCGCUGGCCUCUGGCAGUUAGCCUGGGAGGGCAGACACUCCCGGGCUGCAGAGAUUGGAGCUGCAGUACACAGCUCCCUGGCUCUCCUAUGUGGCAGAGACUGGAUUCUAGGCCCUCAGGAUUGGAGAGAAGAGCUCCCCUAGCUUGAGCUCAGAGCUGUUUUAAAGAAGGGUUUAGGGCCCUAAAGCCGUAGCACUUGCUCAGUGAGAGGAAGGGCCCUUUCUCAUCUUGUUUACACCUGUUGCCCAAUCAUGGGCAGAACGGUACACAUUCUGUGCACAUCGGAGGAAAGAGAUGCCUAAGAGGAGGGCAGUACUGACCCCCUAGCUGCCUGCUAGCAGCUCAGCAAGGAGCCCCGCUCUCUGAGACAGGGGGUAGAGAAAGAAGGCCGCUUGAGUCUGAAGAUCCCCAGUGUCUGAUCAUCCCUGGAGUCUGCUCGGCACUCAGGAGCUGGUAUGUGGCAUGGAAGGCUCUUGCUUCCACAGCCAUUGACUGGAAUGAACUGGAGGGCCAGCUAGAGCUAUUUACAGCCCCAAAUGGGUGCCUCCCACCUCCCCAAAACAAGGGAGGUUUGCUUCUCAGCAUCAGGUAUACUGCAGCCCCCCAACCUCACUUAGGCAAUGAGAAUGGGAGGAAGGCCGGAAGGGCUGAGAAAUGCAAAAGGCUCAGAAUAUUUAUAAAUUCCACCCCCAAGAGCAGGGAGGGGCGGGGUACCAGACCUGGACUGAGCUGCACUGAGGAAAUAGCCCGUGGGUUCUCCUACGAGACAGGGACUGUGCAGCCCAGAAGCCCCAGCCACUGUGCCCAGCAGGGCAGUCUGUGCCAACAGAGGCCCGUCAAGACAGGCUACAGGAAUCCUGCAUGCCUGUCCUUGCUGGCAACGGCUGUGGGCCGCCGGUGUUUGCUGAUACAGGUAGGAUGGGACACUUCAUUAAUAUUUGACUUUAAUAAGUUGGUAAGGAUAUAUUUUUGUUUGGUCUAUGUUCUGUUUCAACUUACGUAGAUUAUAAAUUGAUGUAAACCACGUGAGAGGAAAAUGUUAAUAAAAAAAAAUGCAAAGCCCCAACAUUUGCACACAACUCA